UUUAAAGUUAUCCGUCGGGUACUUCCCUCGUCAAUGGCCAAACAGACGAGGAACAAGGGUUUAGGAGGCGCCAAGUCGAGAGGGCAAGGGAAGGCGUUCAAUCCUGGCAAUGCCAGUACUAAUCCCGACAGGAAAACCGCGAGUAACUCUCCGGGCUUUAUGCGCUCCAAGAAUACGAUCAAGCGACUCAACAUGUACAGUCAGAAGCUGAAGAAGGCUGAUUUGAACAAACGUAAAAUCCAGCCAACUGGGCCGGCUCGGAUCGCCCCUGAUCGUCGAUGGUUCGGCAACACACGCGUUUUGAGUCAGCAAAAGUUGCAGAAGUUCAGAGAGGAAAUCGGCCAGAGCGUGAAUGACCCUUUCCAGGUGGUAUUGAAGUCGUCCAAACUACCGAUGUCGUUGUUGACGGAAGGCCAGAACGAGAGUGAGCAACCUCGAGGAAAGGUCGCCCGGAAGAAUCUCCUCGCUGUGGAACCCUUUGACAAGACGUUCGGGUCGACUAAGACUCGUAAGCGACCACGUCUGAGCACUGGCAGUAUGGAGGAGAUGGCUAACAAGGCUAGCCGUAUGGCUGAGGACUAUGAUCCCAGCAAGGACAAGAGCUGUGAGGAAAAUCGUGUGCUCAGGGAUGAAGAACACACUGUCGUGAAUGAGGAGGUGUUCAAGAAGGGCACAUCUCGCCGUAUCUGGCAAGAGCUGUAUAAAGUGGUUGACUCUAGUGAUGUUAUCCUUGAGGUUAUCGACGCCCGCGAUCCAAUGGGAACGAGAUGCCAGAAGCUCGAGAGAGAAAUCAGAAGAACUCGACCGAACAAGCAUAUCGUCUUGAUUCUCAAUAAGUGCGAUCUUAUACCGACGUGGGCGACCAAGCGUUGGGUACAGGUGUUGAGUAAGGAGUUCCCCACCCUAGCCUUCCAUGCGAGUGUGACCAACCCCUUCGGAAAGUCAGCUCUGUUUCAAUUGUUACGACAGUUUGCUCAGCUGCUGAAGGAGAGGAAGCACGUAUCAAUAGGCAUGAUCGGCUACCCCAAUGUGGGCAAAAGCUCGGUCAUCAACGCGUUGAAGAGGAAGAAGGUCUGCAAGGCGGCUCCUGUGCCAGGGGAGACGAAGGUAUGGCAGUAUGUUGCUCUUACUAAGAGGAUAUAUCUCAUUGAUUGCCCUGGUAUUGUACCGGCUACUAGCGAUGAUUUCAAACAGGAUUGUGCUAAGAUUCUCAAGGGAGUUGUACGGCCAGAAAGGGUGGAGAACCCUAGCAGCUAUAUAGAUGAGGUGCUCUCUCGGGCUAAGCGGGAGGAUCUGAUCACAAAAUAUAGUUUGCCUAAUGACUUCCAAUGGGCUGAUGGAGACGACUUUCUCACUAAGUUGGCACAACAAAUGGGAAAACUCCGCAAGGGGGGAGAAGCUGAUAUUGAGACCACGGCUAGGAUAGUCCUCUACGACUGGCAGAAGGGCCGAAUACCGUAUUUUGAGCUACCACCUAAGGAGGACGAGGGCGAGGAGGAAGAGGAAGAAGGGGAUGAUGGGAAGCAGAUGAUCACUAUCCAUCAAGAUUUAUCCAAUAUCGAUGAAGCCCUUGGGGAUAGUGUGGAGGAGGACGCUACUGGGGAGCACGAAGAAGAGCCAACGGUUUCUGCGAAGGGUACCACGGCAGCAACAGCUGCUGAGGCGGUGACCGCAGCUGGUGAGGAAGUCGACUGGGAUAAACUACAGGAGGAUUUUGAUCAAGAAGAGUAGAACCGCCUCUGUCUAUUCACACGUAUGAUAUUUUCCCCAAGUUGGUGUAGUGGCUCUACUUGGGAAU